UUUCAGGUCGACAAUUGAAAUGUCUUCAUUUGAAAAUCAGAAUCAUUACCAAGUUCUGAAAGUUCGCAAGAAUGCAACUCACUUUGAAAUUUAUAAUGCAUAUAUGAAUUCAAUGGCAAAAGUAGACCCGAAUGAUCCAUACGUGUUUAAAAAGGAUUUAGCCUUCGGUCUGGCAUAUUCUACGCUUUCCGAUCCAGGCCUACGCGAAGAAUAUGAUAGACAGCUUGAUGGAAUAUCAAGGAACUCACGCAUUUCUCAUUCAAAUAGGAGUUUGGAUAAUAUGAGACAAACAUAUUAUCAUCCAAAUACUGGAAGUCCUUACGAUUAUACCGGGUGUGACCUUGAUAAACUCCAACUAGCACUAGAUCAUCAAUUGAGACAACGUUAUGGCGAACCUUCAAAUGCACCUCAACGAAUAACCGACACUCCAUCGGAGGGCGACGAUGAUGAUAAUGGCCGAUUGCUCAAACGUGCUGCUAUGUUUCUGAUUCGGUGGACUGUAACUGUAUUCUUUUUUAAAAGAAUGGGAAGGACGGCAGUUUCAAUUCUGAAGUUUUUCUGGAGGUUUUUCGAAGACACUGUGGUUCCUCCAGCAAAGGAAGCUAUCUCAAACAUUUUUGAUUCAUCUUUCACUCGGACGAAUCAAUUUUUGAGCAGCCCAAGUAUAUUUUUGAGAAAUGCCAGAAUCUUUGAUUACGACUUAGUAACUUUGUAACAGUUGUAAAUGGCUCAAAAUAUUUUUUUCUUCAACUUUUUUUGUCACCUCAUUUUUCGAGUUUUCAUGAAUAAUUUUUGUUAAAUAUAUAUUAUAUAAAUAUCUAUAAAACUCAUUAUUCGCUUCAUCUCUGUAAUUGUAACAUUACGUUUUGCGUUUUAGUGAAUUUUUGGCAAAAUAAAAUUUUUUAAUUAAUGA